AUGGUAUAAGAUAUUUUAUUAAAGUUAAGUUUAAGAAGUAUUCUUAUAGUCCAUACAUUUAUAAAAAAGCUAAAAUAAUAAAUAGGAUUUAGAUAUAUUAAACAAAACAUAAUUAAAUUAAUAGAUGAUUAAUCUUAUUUUUUUAUUCAUAAUACGCCAAAAUAAAAAUUAUUAAAGUUUCCAUUUGCAAUAAAAAAAUAUAUUUAUUUUUUUAAAAGUAUAAAAUAACUUCAAGAAAUUUCACUAAAUGUUCUAUAAUAUUUUUAAUCUAUUCUUAAUUCAAUAAAACUAUUUGACCCUUCUUCAAAUUAUGUAGUUAUUUUUAAUAUUAUUUUGUUCUUAUUUACUGUUGUUUCGUUAUUUUAUAUUCCUUUAGAAAUAAUAAACGGAAAUAUUUAUGAUAUAAAAUAUGGUUCUGCUUGGAAAAUAUUCAAGUUAAUUAAUUGUAUUGCAUUCAUUUUAGAUAUUAGUAUUAAAUUUAAUACUGGAUAAUUUGAAAAGGGAGCAAUAAUUUUAGAUAGAAAAUAAAUAGCUAAAAAUUACAUUUAUAAUGGAUUUUUUUAUGAUACUUUUUCAGUAAUUCCUGCCUUUUAGUCUUUAUUAGAUUUCGAAUAAAGUCGAAUUUUUAAUAUUUUGAUUUUAUUAAAAAUAUAGUCGGCCAAAAAAAUAAUUAAUUAAUUAUAAGAUUAUGUGUCUUUUAGAAAUAGUAAAAUUUAAAAUUUAUUAAGCUUAAUUUCUUUAAUGCUUAUGAUUUGUAGUAUUUGCCAUAUUUUUGCUUGCUUGUUUUUAGGGUUAGCAGUUAUUGAAGAAUAAUAUUAAUUAACAAAUACUAAUUGGAUGAAGGAGUAAAUGAUCAAUGGAACUAAUACACAUUGGUUUGUUAAAUAUACUUAUGCUCUUUAUUUUGCUGUUACUACUAUGGUUACAGUUGGUUAUGGAGAUAUUCAUCCUGUUAAUUUUAUAGAAGUUUUAUUUACGAUUUUUGGAAUGUUUGUUAGUUGUGGUGUUUUUGCUUAUAGUAUUAACUUAAUUGGAGAUCUUUUUAGGGAAUUUAACAGAAUGUAAAAUGAAUUUAAAAAUUAAAUGACAAUUGUAAAUAGAUUAUUAGUACAAAAAAAUAUUAAUCCUGAUUUAAAUUUAUAAGUAAGGAAAUUUUUUGAAUAUAAAUUUUAUGCUGAACCUUAACUUUCAAUGGAAUAAGAAGAGUAAAUAAUGUAAAAACUAUCAAAUCAUUUGAGAGAGAAAGUAAUUAUUGAAACUAAUAUUUAGAUAAUAAACUAUUGUAAAAUAAUGAAAUAAUCUUUUUCUGAAAAAAUUUCUAAAAAUGAAAUUAUUUUUGAACCAGAUACUUAUUUUGAAGAUCCCUUAAUAUAUAUAAUAAGUCAAGGUAGUAUAUAAGCAUAUAUAGAAUGUGAUAAAAAUAUAAGCGAAAUAGCAAUUUUAUAAGAAUUAAAUUAAGGAGAAUGCUUUGGAAUGUAAAACUUUUUUGCUUUAAACUAAAUAUCCUAUGGCUUCAAAGCGAAAGAGUUUACUAUUUUAUAUGCAAUUUAAAAGAGCAAAUUUUUAUAAAUAAUACAGAACAAUCAAAAUGAUUAUGAAAAAUAUUGCCUUUUAAAGGAUAAAGUUUAGUUUUGUCAAAAUUUAAAUUGUAUAGGAAUAAGUUGUUAUGGUUGCCAUUAAGAGGGACAUACAGUAUAAUUUUGUAACUAUUCACAUUAUAUUCCUAAUAAAGAAAAGGUGAUUUUAAAAGAUUUAUAUUCUAAAUCUUAAUAUAGGAUUAAAAGCGUUAGAAAGUAGACUAGGAGAAUAAGUACGUUAUUAAUAACAAAGAAGUUAAAAGAAAUCUAAGUUGAGUUUUUAAAAGAAAAUCAAUUUGAUAUAGAUAAAUUUGGUUAUACUUAUUUAAAUGAAAAAUUGGAUGAUAAUUCUAUAUAUUUUCACAAUCAAUAAAUAAAUAAUAAAUAAAAAAAUGAAUAAUAAGAAUUUAUUAAUAGUAUUGAUAACAAGAAUUAGAAUUAAAAUUAAAAAUAAACAAAUAAAUCAAUUCUAAGUUUUAGAAAAAUAUUAAUGGAAAACUCAGGUUAAAUAACAGGAAGUGAUAAAAAAAUUAGAAAAUUGAAUUCAAUACAAAAUGAUGAAUAUAAUCCGAAUAAGUUUUCUUUUAAUAAUAUAAAUAGUACAGCUUGUUAAAUUAAUAAAAAAAACUAAAUUAAAACUGCUUUGAAAAAAAAUAUUUUUUUAUUAAAUAAUUAUUUUUAAAAUACUGAACUAUAUAGUUAAGAUAGUGAAAAACAUUAAAUAAAAAUUUAAGCAAUUUAUAAAAGAAAAAAAGAAUUUUAAGCUUUGUUUAAUUUGAAAGGGAAUAUUCUAUGA